CUUGCCCCUUUUUCUGAACGACCAAUCAAGAACAGGGAGGUCUGGAGGUGAUUGGCCCGCUUCGUGUUCUAAAAGCUGUGAUAGGCUGGCGCGUAUUAAGGGGUCUGUGGCGCGGGACUUUUGAGCUUCAGUCUGUUUCCGGUCGCCGAGGUGGGCAUGGAUGAACUGUCCUCGGAGGCUGCUCCCGCUUGGGAGUUCCACUUGCCUCUUUCUGCUGCCGAUUUGCUUUGCAGUGAUGGACCCUCGCAGUACGCCGUGCAGGAGGUGUUGCCUGUCAGAGAGCUCCGGGAACAGCUGGCAGGAUUCCAGGCUGGACUCCGUACCCGAGGACCUCUUGCCAUCCUACAGCACUUUGAUACCCUGUACAGCAUCCUGCACCACUUCAGCAGCGUGGAAGCUGCUGUUAAGGAGGAUGCCCUGGAACUGAUGCAGAAAGUGGUGUCCAGUCACUCCAGCGCCCUAACAGCCAUCUUGGACAAUGCUGACGUGGCACCUUCACUCCGUGCUCUUCACUGCAACGCUCUCAAGAUGAACUGCUAUGUGCUUGUGCAGCUCGCGGAGGCUUUUGAAGCGGAGCCCAGCAGGAGUGGCCUGCUGGGGCUGGAUUCCAAGAAGAAGAACAAGAAGAAGCAGAGCGCCAGCUUCCUCUGGGAGGAGAAGAGGCAGCCCGUCCUACAGCUGUUUGUCCAGUUGCUGCAGCUGGACCUCCACCGUCUAUGGACCGGCUCGGUGGUGGAGGAAGAGUUCGUCAGUUUAAUGACCGGCUGCUGUUACCGCAUCCUGGAAAACCCUAGCAUCGGCAACCAGAAGCAUCGGCCCACCCGAGAGACAGCGGUUCACUUGCUCGGGGUGGCCCUCCGGCAAUACGACCACAUGCUCAAUGCCACUCUGAAGGUCACCCGGAUGCUCCAGCACUUUGAACAUGUGGUGCCAGUGUUUGUGGAGGCCGUGAGCGUGUGGGUCAAGGAGUACGGCAUGAAGAGCAUUGUGGGGGAGCUACUGAGGGAGAUUGGGCAAAAGUGCCCUCAGGAGCUGGCCCGGGACGCUUCCGGAGCAAAAGGCUAUGCCACCUUCCUCACCGAGCUGGCAGAGCAAGCACCAGCCAUUGUACUCGCCAACAUGAGCGUCUUACUGCAUCACCUGGAUGGAGAGAGCUAUGGGAUGCGCAAUGCCAUCUUGGCAGCUAUGGCGGAGACGCUGCUGCAGGUGCUGAACGGGGAGCAGUUGGAAGACGCCGCCCGCGGCACGCGGGACCAGUUUCUGGACACUCUACAGGCGCACACGUGUGACGUCAACGGGUUCGUGCGCAGCCGCGUGCUGCAGCUCUUCACCCGGAUUGUGCAGCAAAAAGCCCUGCCCCUCACUCGGUUCCAGGCUGUUGUGUGCCUCGCCGUGAGCCGGCUACAGGACAAGUCUGUAACCGUGGUUAAGAAUGCCAUUCAGCUGCUGGCGGCCUUCCUCUCCAACAACCCCUUCUCCUGCAAGCUAAGUUGCACAGAUUUAAUGGAGCUGCUCCAGAAGGAAAGGCAGAAGCUGCAAGAGUUGAGGGACAAGUACAGAACCACAGCUGCUGUGGUGAUCCCUCCAGAAGAAGAAUGGGAAGCCAUGCAGCCAGAGCUCCAGGCAACAGUGAAAAGCUGUCUUGGCUCCCAGCCACAGGGCGAAGAAGCAGGCGACCCUGAGGCAGAGGACCCGGCACAGGUGUCCGACAAGAUUGUCCAGCUAUUGAGAAAAUCCAGUUACAAGGAUGCUGUACUCCUGGCGCAAGGAGCCGUAUGCCUUUUCCAGGAGGCGGGGCCAUCGGUCAGCCGCUCAAGCACAGAGAAUGAAGAAGACUUACUCCUGCGGCUAAUGAGAACCCUCUAUACAGGUUCCCAGCCAGGAGGAGGUACCCACGAACCCACAGGUGAGGCAGAGAAUGUAGGAGGUGAAGAGCAAGGGGCCGAGGAGCAACCAUCAAGUGAACUGGUGAAGCAGGAGAUGCUGGUACAAUACCUACAAGAUGCCUACAACUUUUCAGUAAAAAUCACAGAUGCCAUGGGCCUGAUCUCAAGGAUGAUGUAUGAAAGUUCAGUCUCUGUGGUGCAAGAAGUCAUCGAAUUCUUUGUCAUAGUCUCCCAGUUUGGCAUCCCUCAAGCUGUCCUGGGAGUCCGCCGAAUGCUCCCGCUCAUAUGGUCGAAGGAGCCAAGAAUCAGGGAAGCUGUGCUGAAUGCCUACCGGAGGCUCUACCUGAAUCCUAGUGGGGGCUCGGCAAGGGCUCAAGCCCACAGCCUGGUGCAGUCCCUGUCUCUCCUCAUGGUGGAUGCAUCAUUGGCGACCAUCCAGUGCCUUGGAGAAAUUAUUUCAGAAUUUAUGCAGAAAGAUGAAAUAAAACCUGCUGUGGUCCAGCUGCUGUGGGAACGGUUCACAGAAAAGUCCCCGUGUUCUGUCCUGGAGCGCCGUGUGGCCAUUAUGCUUCUGGGGAUGAUGGCACAGGGGAAGCCUGAGAUCAUUGGGAGCAACCUGGAUGUCCUGGUAAAGACCGGCCUGGAUGAGAGAGUGCAUGAAAACUAUCGCCUUGCCCAGGAAGUGUGUAAUGCCAUCUCCAAGAUGGUCAGCAGUCAGAAGCCUGCCCUGGGGAAAAGUGACACUCCCUUCCGGCUCCCACAGUCACACCUCCUCUUUGAGCACCUGAGCCAGGCUAUAACCGUGGGCUUUGCUGGCUCCAGCCCACACUGGAUCCCUUUCACCGAAAGGGCCGUCGCUCUCAUCUACCAGCUGGCGGAAGGGCCCGAGGAAAUAUGCGCUCGGGUCUUGCAGCAUUGCAGCCAGCAGGCCCUGGAGAAGCUGGGCGAGCCGGAAGGGGCAGAAGCAGAACCGGGAUCUUCUCCCACGGGAGGCACCGGCGACUCCAGCUCUGUCAGUGCUCUGCUGCUGACCCACCUGGUCUCCCUCGCAGGGGACGUGGCCUUGCAGCAGCUCGCACAUCUGGAACUGGCGGUGAGCGCAGAGCUGCGCAGGCGCCGAAUCCUUAGGGAAGAGCAGGAGAUGAAGGAACGUGCUGACAGCAGCAAGAAGAAGAAGGAGAGGGCCAAGAGCACCGGGAACGAGACCACUAUGGAAAUGGAGCUUGGCUUGACCGGGGCCUCCGCUGAAGACACCGAAGCGGAGCUCAUCCACAGCAUUUGCGAGACAGAGCUGUUGGACGGUAAGCAGCUGCUUUCCGCCUUUGUUCCCCUGGUGCUCAAGAUAUGCAACAAUCCAGGCCACUACAGUGAUCCUGCACUUUCGGCCGCUGCUGCGUUGGCCCUUGGCAAGUUCUGCAUGAUAAGUGCAGAAUUCUGCGAUGCUCACUUGCGGCUCUUCUUCACGAUGAUGGAGAAAUCCACCCUCUCCAGCGUGCGAGCCAACCUCAUGAUCGCCGCUGGAGACUUGGCCAUCCGUUUCCCAAACCAGGUGGAGCCUUGGACUCCCCACCUGUACGCCAGGCUGCGGGACCCUUGCCAGCACGUGAGGCGGACGGCUGCGAUGGUCAUGACUCACCUGAUCCUGAAGGACAUGGUGAAGGUGAAGGGCCAGGUGAGCGAAAUGGCCACUCUUCUCAUCGAUCCUGAAGAAGAGAUCGUGGCAUUGGCUCGGAACUUCUUCACUGAGCUUUCCAGCAAGGGUAACGCCGUGUACAACUUGCUUCCGGACAUCAUCAGCCACCUCUCGGAUCCCGACUCGGGCAUCGACGAGCAGCCGUUCCGCACCAUCAUGAGGCAGCUCUUCUCCUAUAUCACGAAAGACAAGCAGACAGAGAGCUUGGUGGAAAAGCUUUGUCAGCGGUUCCGGACCGCCCGAACGGAGCGUCAGCACCACGACCUGUCUUUCUGCCUGACCUUGCUCCCGCUCACAGAGCGAAGUCUCCAUAAGAUGCAAGACAACUUCGACUGCUUUGGGGACAAGCUGCAGGACCCGGCUGUCUACAGCUGCUUUCAGGCUGUCCUGGGCCGCCUCCGACGGUUGUGCACGAAGCCAGAGAUGAAGACCCUCGUCGAAGAAUUUGAGCAGAAGCUGCAGAAGUGCCACAACAGGGGUCUGGAUGCUCUCACCAAUACCCCCAAGGGGUCCACGUGCCAAGACAGCAGCGGCAGGCCGGCAACCCAGACGACAAAGCGGACAGCAGCAAGCUCUCGUCGCCGGCAGCAGCUGCGGGCUGCCAACCGAGAGCUAGACUCUUCUUUCGUCACUCCCGAGCCCCGCGUUUCCAGAGGCCGCAGGAAGACUUCCAGGCAGAAGGCUUGCAUCAUCUUCUCUAGCGAUGAGGAAAACAGCCCAGAAGAAGCUGAACUAGUGGAGGAGGAAACACCGAGCAAAACAACUCCCAUUUCCCGUGCAUCAGCCCGCCGUGCCCAGUGAUGGGAUCCCCUCGUCUUUUGGAAACACUUUUAAUUCUUUCAUAAUAACGAAUAAAGAUUGCUGAGUUUCUCAA